CAUCAAAUUGAAACUGAUUCUAGUUUCUAAACUCUUGAAAGUUGCAACAACAACCUAUUAUUAGCUUUCACAUAAAAGAAAAUGAAGCAAAAGAUUGUGAUGCAGGUCCACAUGAAUUGCCAGAAAUGCAGAACAAAGGCACUCAAGGUUGCUGCUUCAGCAAACGGAGUGGAUUUUGUGGGAAUAGAGGGAGACGAAAAGAAGAACAUGGUAGUUAUUGGAGAUGGGGUUGAUCCUGUUAAGUUGACAAAUUCUCUCAGGAAAAAAGUUGGACAAACUAAUAUCAUAAGCUUAGCAGAGGUUAAAUCCAGUUAAUUAAUAUUUCGGCAAAUUUGACAAAAAUUCUCAAGGCACCAGAGAAUUCGCUUUCAUACAUUUUUGUUUAGUUGUUUUUGUAGAAACUUAUUACAUGCAUUGAAUGCUUUGUUGUACUCCCCUAAGGCAUUUACCAUUUAAGUUUUAAUGGCAGAGAGAUCCAGAGCAAUUUUCCCAUUUCAA